UCGGAAGUAAAAUGGCCGCCGUCAUGAAGCCGGAAGAAAAUAAUAAUCAUAUCAAGGUGUUUUUGCCCAACAAACUAAUGGACUGUUUACCCAAAUGUGCGGCCCUGCCUAAGGAGAGACAACGGUGGAACACCAAUGAGGAAAUAGCGUCUUACUUGACAGCAUUUGAGAAACAUGAUGAGUGGCUUUCAGGUGCUCCACGGACCAGGCCGCUCAAUGGCUCGAUAAUAUUGUACAACAGAAAGAAGGUAAAAUACCGGAAAGAUGGUUAUUGUUGGAAAAAACGAAAGGAUGGAAAAACAACUAGAGAGGAUCACAUGAAAUUAAAAGUUCAAGGAAUGGAGUGUCUGUAUGGUUGCUACGUGCAUUCGUCCAUCGUUCCGACAUUCCACAGAAGAUGCUACUGGCUCCUGCAGAAUCCUGACAUCGUGUUAGUGCACUACCUGAACGUGCCAGUUCCUGAGGACUGUGGUAAAAUGUGUGGGCCCAUCCUGUGCUCUGUGAACAGCGACCGGAAGGAGUGGCUGAAGUGGUCGAGGGAAGAACUCAUUUGUCAGCUGAGGCCCAUGUUCCAUUGCAUCAAGUGGACAUGUAGUUACGGCAAUGGAGCCACAGAGUUCUCCGUUGAACAACUGGUUCACCAGGUACUGGAAAGCCACCAAGCCAAGCCACAGCCUCGCACUCACGCCUGCCUCUGUAAUAGAGGCCUUGGGACAACAGGAAGCAUUCCUCAUAAAUGUAACAGCACCAAACAUAGAAUUAUAUCACCAAAAGUGGACAUUCGGCUCAGCUCCUAUUCUGCCUUAACCGAAGUGCAAAAUCUCUCAGGCACCGAAAGCAAGAGUGAACAGGAUGAGAGUAAAACUGAGAGUCAAGACAGAAAGGCAGUGAAGUUAUGGAAAGCUGCCCUUCAUGUUAACGGCAGCAGUGAGGUUACUUCCUCUAACGCCCUGGAGAACGCUGACUCUGCCCAGGACUCGCCAACAACUCCAGCCAAUGGCUACUACAGUCAGGAGCUCAGCUCAGUUGCCAUAGCCACCAGUGUGCCAAAUCUCACCGUAGCCACGGUAACCUGCAGCAUCCCUCAGAACGCUGUUAUCUUAAUGACAGGAAUUGGUGAUAAGCAAGUGUCCUUGGGUGGAACUGGACUGGUGCCCAGUCAGCAGCUCAUCACCAGCAGCUCCAACAGCCAAGCUUUGCCAUUGAGCGGCCAAGACCUGCCUUUGGCUCCACCGGCAAGCACCAUUGGGCUGACGCUGUUGCCUAGCUCAAUGGGUGGCCUCAUUCUGUCACAGGCUGUAGAGGCCAGCAUGGACACUUCGGAGACCCACUCCCCUGCCUUUGACCCCGACUCUUUCUUAAACAGUCCCAAGCAGGGCCAGACGUAUGGGGGAGGAGGGGGGACCAAGGAAGCUGGGACCAGUCCCACUGCGUUUACUGCAGCCAGCUUGUCCGAUUCUGGAUUUCCAAACAGCGACCCCAAGAAGGAACCAGACUUCAAGAGUGAGAAUUUGGGACAAGCAGUAAACUCAGAUUAUCGAACCCCCCACAUCUCCUCUGAUGUCUCCACCUUCCCCCAGAGUUCAAGUCUUGUUUCAGUCAUUCGGACAUUCCCAGCUACUACUGAGGUCAGCUUAGUGCCAUCCGGUACCAUUCUGGAGAAGAUGGACUGUAGUAAUACAGAGUCACCAAAAAACUACACAGGCAUUUUCAGCCAACACACGCCAACCAGUACCUCCCUCCCUCCGUCCCAGAACAGGUUCUUCAUCGAAGACGAUAAGAGUCAUGUUGUUACCUCGACAGCGCCUCCUGCUGUCAGCGAGAGCUUGAAGGUGGAACCAACCUCCCAGUUCCCAAAGGAACACAGUGAGAGUAGGAGUGUGAAGGAGGAACUCCGAUCCUCUGUUCAAAUGGUGAGCUUCCAGGCAGUGGUCCCAGAGGUGGAAAUGUCCCUAGACACAACAUCGCAGUUAAAUGGAGAUACAGAGGUGACAAAGAUGCAGAAGAAUGUGGACAUGGAGCACACGGUCAAAUCAGAAGGUCAUUACAAUGCCGGCAGGAACACGGAUGAUACUGAAGGGGCAUUGGAGUUACAGUGCAGCGAUGUGACUGACCUGUACACGAUAAUCCAGAACGACCUGUCCACUUCAUCAGUGGCUUCAUCCAACAUCGACCUCAAUAUUGACCACUUUGAUAUCUCCUUUGACAGCCAGUUCCCUGAUCUAAUAUCUGACUUCAUGACUGACAGCAGUGCCGACACCAGUGGAGGCUUUGCACCGUACAGUAGCAACCCCACUCCUGUCACACCGGCAGACAGUGGAGUGCAGAAUGUCUCCACAAGUUAUCCCGACCUGUCUUCCCAAAUGGACAGCUAUUGUCAGCAGCAGCAACAGACUCCCCGAGAGCUGGUGGACGCAGCCAGUGAGAUGCCAUUUACUGAGGUGCCAACAACUCCAUCAGAGUCGACGCAAUCUUCACCCAGUAGCAGGACAGAGAGUGGACAGGCAGUAACCAUCACCGACUUUUCACCUGAGUGGUCGUAUCCUGAGGGCGGUGUGAAGAUCCUCAUCACAGGCCCGUGGACCGAUGGCAGUGAUCGCUACUCCUGUAUGUUCGACAAGAUUACAGUCCCAGCUUCACUCAUUCAGUCUGGCGUUCUGCGCUGUUACUGCCCAGCUCACGAGGCCGGUUUGGUGAGACUGCAGGUGGCUCGUGGGAACCAGUUCAUUUCCGACUCGGUGCCGUUCGAAUACAGAGCUCGAAAUUCCAUGGCAUUGCCCAGCUCACAGCUCGACUGGCUCUCCCUGGACGACAAUCAGUUCAGGAUGUCGAUCCUGGAGCGACUGGAGCAGAUGGAAAAGCGAAUGGCAGAGAUGACAGCUUCGAACUCAAGCCAGCAACAAAAAGUGGGAACUGGAGACAAGAUGCACAUCCAGGCCUCUUCAGACUCGUUUGAGGAACGAAUCAUUGCUGUCUGCGAGACCAUGAUGUCCCGCUCCUGUUGGCUCCGCUCUGAGCGCCUCAUUCACGGCAUCAGUUUCCGUGGCAUGACACUACUGCACCUUGCUGCGGCACAGGGAUAUGGCCGGCUCAUUCAGACCCUCAUCAAAUGGAGGAUGGUUAAUGCAGAAAGUUUAGAUCUGGAGCAAGAGGUGGAUCCCCUGAACGUUGACCAUUUCUCGUGUACCCCUCUGAUGUGGGCCUGCGCGUUGGGGCAUGUUGAAGCAGCUGUUACCCUCUAUGGAUGGAACAGCCAAGCACUUGCCAUCCCGGACUCGUUGGGACGCCUCCCUUUGCAUGUGGCACGUUCCCGUGGUCACGUGAGACUGGCUGUGUGUCUCGAGGAGCUGCAGAGACAGGACUCUCAGGUCCAUGGGAGCUCACUGAGGGCCAGGCUACCUGACAUCGAUGGAACGGACACAAACUGGCAGCUGUGGAUGGGCAGCAAUCCUGAAGCGAGCAAGGCCCCUUCACCCCUGUCAGUGAGCCCAGAUACAGGCCUGAGCACUGUGAGCAGUAACUCAUCUCCAUCCUCAUUGUCCGAAGGCUCGGGGCCUCUGUCAGUGACCUCUGCAUACUCCAGUGGCUCUGUGCACAGAGACACGCCGGUGACCAGCCCUGAACUCUGCCCGACAGCUGAGAGAGAUAUCGCGAUGGAGGUCUGUGAGCCGCAGCAACAGCCGGCUCUCACCACCGUGUCCUCUGCACCAAAGGAUCACGACAGGACAGCCCUUUGCAUCGAGAAUUCCGCUGUUGCAGAAAGUAAGGAUAAGCCUGGUAACCUGUGGUACCUGCACGAGGACAGUGAGCCUCACAAAACACAGAAUGGCGGCACUGCAGAAUCACACUUCUUCCUGGACUAUGAGGCUACUUUAGUGACUAACAGCACGAGGCAGUUUGCAAUGGCAACAGGCAGAGAUUCCAUGGAGACUGAACUCCUACGAUUCAGCGAAAAUGUCGAGAAUGAAGAGUUCUUGCCCUCCGUCGAUGUAUUACAGGUGGAUAUGAUAACUUUGGCUGAACAGAUUAUCGAUGCCACUCCAGAACGUAUCAAACAGGAAGAUUUCAACACAGUCGACACACCUCUGAAAGAGCGACAGGACAAUGCAGCUAUCAACAAUACCAUGAGCUGGCUGGCCAGCUACCUGGAGAAUGUAGACCAGCUGCCCAAUUUCUCUCAGCACAGGUAA